CAGAGGUAAGAGUGGCUUUGCUAUCAAACUCUCAGACACUUGGCAGUUGUGGCACUGGCACCAAGUCCUCCGGACCCUACUCAAACAGGAGUCAUGGCAUCGGGCAACUACAUCAUGGCACUCACCUUCUCCAUCUUCAUUGUGGCUAUCUUGUCCUCUGCAGGUGCUCCCGUGACCCCCACAGUGAUCAUGUGCCAGUCCUGGAGCAUGUGUGGGGCCGUGGCCUACAACCCUCAGGAGAAUCAGUGCUGUCUGGAUGGCAGUGUCCGGUCCUUGUCCCUGCUCUGUGGUCCUAAAUUGACCUACGACCCCUGCUCUGAGCGUUGCUGCCCUGACUCUGUCCUGAAAAAGUACAUUGUGGUUAAUAAGACCAGGGAAGGUACUGAGAGAACUGACUGUGGAAAUAAGAAGCUCCAAUUAAGAGUUGAUAUCAGGUGAAAGUUGGCUGGAAGACUCCUCCUACCUCCAAAGACACUUCCCAGACCUCAAGAGAUCCAAGGACUUGAUGCUGUCCCAAUGCCUGGGGUUUCUUCAGUGGAGGGACCUUGGGGGGCAGGGGGAGAGGAGGGAGAAGCCUCUUGGACAGGGACUCUUGGCUGCACUGCUCUCCUGCAUUGUGGAUCUGCCUUUGCUGGACAUGGGCAUAAGCACUUGGGGUGGGCUAAGUGUGCCUUCAGGAAUACUCACUCUCCCGCUCAUUCCUGUCUAUGCUGGAAAAGCCACUGUCAGUCAUGCAAAAUCCACUGGGGGCUGGGCUCCCUCUUUCUUCUUAUUAUAUGAAUAUUGAUAAGUAAUAAUAAUCACAUCCUUAUGUAAACCCAUAUUGCUCAUUCCCUUUACACUUUCACUGGAGCCUCUCACAAAUAGUCUUGUGAGGGAGAUAGUGCAGUGUUGGCCCCUUUUUUACAGAUCAGGAAACAGGCCCAGAAAGGGAGCAGGACUUGCCCAAGGUCACACAAUGGGUCCAAACUGGGAUUAUAGCCCAGAUCUCCUUACG